UCGACCUGUCGACUGCCAAAUUUGGAAUUGCCGGUGAAAGCUACUCUUAUCACGAAAAGAAGUUCGGCAACAUCUUAUCUUGUAUAGUGGUUAAAUAAAUAAAAUGAAUGGACAACAUUCCGGGCCAGGAACGCCUGUUCAGCGCCCAGCUAGUGGUCCUGUAAACCAGGCAGCUUUGAAUCAACAACGGGCAAAUCAGCUUACAAAUCUGUUACAUACUAUGUCUAUAUAUCAACAAAAUGCUCAAAAUUUGGGAUUAAAUACUCCUCAAGGUCAGGUAUAUUUGUUACAGGCACAAGCUAUUCGCCGCCAGCUUCAAGCACACGCGCAAUCGGGACAGUUACCAAAUCAGCAACAAUUACAACAAUUGCAAGCUAACGGAUCAUUUCAACAGCGUACUCCAGAACCAAAUGCUGUUCCGCCUCGUCCUCGACACCAGUUGAGUCCUCAAGAACAAACAAUGUUAGUUGUUCGACAUAGGCAGCUUCAGACUGCUCAGAAUUAUUUAACAGAGAUGAAAGAGACGCAUGAAAGAAUCAAGAAAGAGCUAACAACAAAUGAGAAUCUUGAUGCUUCUACUCGAGAUACGUUGGCGAAACAAGAGUCUGAACUGACUGUAAAAAUUGCUCAAUAUACGGCUGCUAUUUCGAAUGGAAUUCGUUCUAUUCAGCAGCUACAAAAUCAACAAUUACAAAAUCGACAAUUAUCCGGAACCGUAAACAAUAGCGGUUCUGUUACGCCAAACAACACUUUGGGUAACGAUGCUAGAAGUGCAGCAACCACUCCUCAAUUGCAACGUUCUCAGUCGCAACCUAAUGCAAAUCAGCAAAGAGCACCUUUUGAUAAUCCUUUAGGAAGUACUGCUGUUACUGACUCAAACGUGGCAAACACUUUGAAUGUAGAAGGUGCAGAUGCCGGCUCGUCUACUCCUCAGCAGGCUGGGAGUAUGGAUAGCAAAAUGCAAAACUCUUCUUUUAUGACGAAUAAUCACUUAGGAAAAAUUGAUGCGAAAUCUCCUGUUCCCUUUGCUAUGCCUCCUGGACGUGCAACUUUGACUGGUGGUUAUGCUUCUGGAAAUGUAGGUCUUAGCACACCUGGUCUUGCGCGUGCUCCUCAUUACGAACUUGACAAUGGCAAUCGCCUUUUGUCUAAAAGAAAAUUAAACGACUUAUUACAACAAAUUGAUUCUGAGCAACGUCUAGAACCUGAAGUUGAAGAAUUAUUGCUUGAAAUUGCCGACGAGUUUGUUGAGUCGGUAACAAACUUUUCCUGUCGUCUCGCAAAGCAUCGCAAGUCUGACACAUUGGACAUGAAGGACGUCCAGCUUCACUUGGAAAGAAACUGGAAUAUCCGUUUACCUGGCUUUGCUAGUGAUGAUGUCGUGAAAAGUGUUCGGAAAUCUGGUCCUACGCCUUCUUACCAGCAAAAGCAAGGUGCCGUUGGUACUGCAAAAGCUUUAAGUAAAGAUUAAUAUGAACGUGAAACUUCAGAUUUCACUAAGCAUUGACGAUUUAUGUAUUCCUUUCUAACAUCUCUAUUAUCGUCAUAAAAAUUCUAUUUUAAACAGAUUGGACCGUAUGGCUUUUCACACAGUGAUCUUUGUCUCAUUAUCGAACAUCUGCUUCCCAAAUCCAUAAGCGUUGUUCGUUGCUUAACUAUAUGAUGAAAACUGAAUACACAGGGUUUUUGUGAAGGACUUACGGACUGGGCUUGAGCCCUUGUAAAUUACUGUAUUAUAUCUCAAAACUUGACUUUCUUCUUUUUUGUCGAUGAAUUAAGCUAUGCUAGAGCAAAUAUGUACAAUUUCUAAAAAUAAACAUUAUUAUUCAAUAAUUGAUAUAUAUUAUGUCGUUAGUUAUCAUAUACAUUAUAUAUUUGUUUAUGUUUGCAAUCUUUAAAUCACAAAAUACACAUUUAUAAAGUGCA